UAUGAAUAUCUGACAAAAUUAUUCCUGAAUUCAUUCCUAUACGUUUAACAGCUUAAUAGGUGAUGAACUUAUAUUAAUGAACAAGCUGCAUCGCUUCAAGGUGGACUUACCUGUCAAUACUAAGGAUAUUAGCAAAGACUAGAGUCGACCUGCUGUAAGUGGAGAUGUCUUCCCGGCAAAAGAAGGUGAAAGGAGAUGAUGGAAAAGUUUGUCUGAAGAGACGUUUGGGCUUUUUCGACAGCGUUUGCUUUCUUGUUGGCAGCAUCAUAGGUGCUGGAAUAUUCGUUUCUCCUAAAGGAGUCUUGGAAUACGCUCAGCUCAACGUUGGGGUGUCAUUAUGCAUAUGGGCUGCCUGUGGAGUGGUGUCUGUAAUGUGCUCCCUCUGUUAUGCAGAGCUGGGCUCAGCAUUACCGGUUUCUGGAGGUGAAUACUACCAUGUGAAGCGAGGACUCGGAUCUCUACCAGCUUUCAUUACCAUCUGGACUUUAACGUUGUUUAUUAGGCCUGCAUCUAAUGCAGCACGAGCCCUGAUCUUUGCCGAAUAUGUCAGUCGGCCAUUUUACUCUGGCUGCCCACCGCCGGAACUCCUCAAAAAAAUAUUAGCUAUUGGAAUUCUGUGGGUUCUAGGGGUCAUAAAUUCAAAAAGUAUCAAGAUGGCCACCUGGGUCCAGAAUGUAUUCACAGUGCUUAAAUUGAUGUCUUUGACUCUUAUUGCUGUCAAUGGAAUGACUAAGUUUGGAAGUAACACCAAGGCUUCAGAGCCAUUUAAGGAUGCAUUUAAUUCCGAGGUCCCUAAUGCAGCUCAGACUGCUGAGGCUUUCUUUCAAGGUCUGUAUGCAUAUGCAGGAUGGAACUACCUCAACUACAUGGCAGAGGAGAUAAAGAACCCCAGUAAAAACAUUCCUCGCAGCAUAAUAACAGCCAUGUGUGCAGUGAUUGUCUUCUAUUUGCUGGUGAACAUCUCAUACCUCACUGUUCUGACACCUAAGGAAAUUGUAUCUUCAGCUGCAGUAUCGGUGACAUGGGCCGAUAGAACAAUUCCAUCAGUGGCCUGGAUCAUCCCCGUUUCAGUAGCUGUCUCCAUAUUUGGUGCUCUAAAUGGUGGAAUGUUUAUGUUGGGCAGACUAAACUAUGCCGGAAGCAAAGAGGGACAUUUGCCGGCCAUCAUAUCAAUGCUCCAUGUACACUACAUGACUCCGGCACCAGCUAUGAUCAUUUCUACAAUAAUUGCAUCCAUUUUUGUCAUUCCUUCUGACUUAAUUUCCCUAACAAACUAUUUUAGUUUUUCCUCCUGGCUACUAGUUGGACUAACUUGUAUUAGCCUGGUUGUACUACGUUAUCGAGAACCCAAUCUUGAACGCCCAUACAAGGUCUUCCUUCCCAUCGCCUUUGGAGUUAUAGCGGUUUCAGUCUUCCUGGUUCUUGCCCCUAUUAUCCAGUCUCCUAAAGUUCAGUAUUUCUAUGCUUUGCUGUUUAUGUUAAGCGGUGUGAUUUUCUAUAUCCCUUUUGUAUAUUUCAAGUUACAGAUCCCAUUCUUUGAUACUCUGUUCAGAAUUCUAAAACAGAGUAGCCUUGUUAGUUCCAUCCUAUAAAAUCAGUCAUGUUUAUCAAGGACAUUUUUAAAAGAAUAAAGGUUACUGUAACUUA